AUGCGUUCAGAUCCCCUUAUCACUUCGCCAAAAGAGCGAGAGAGUGAAUCAGAUGUUAACAGCAACAGAAGCCGAAGUAAGAGAAGAGUGAGAAGCGGUAGUGUUAAUAGUAAUACAUCCACAUCUUCUCGUGGUUCUCGAUCUAGUUUAUUACGUACUAGUACUAGUAACAACAACAGCAGAAGCAGAAGCAGAAGCAGCAGCAGUAAUAGUAGUAAUAGUAGUAAGAAAUCUUCAUCGAAGAAAAACAAUAGCAACAGUAAGAAAUAUGAUGAUCAUAUUCCUGUAUUUCCAAACCUGCAGUUACCAACGAAUAUUCUCUUGGAGCCGUUUCCAAAUAGACGUGUACGUUCCAUGUGCUCUGUGGGUGGAUUACUCGUAACAGCACAUCGUAAUGGUAUACGUAUAUAUCGCCAACGGUACCUUUCAUCUGCCGCGGUAGCAGCGAUAGCAAAUAGUCGAGUUAAUCUUCGAAAAGGUAUUGGUGAUAAUAAUAAUAAUAAUAAUAAUAAUAAUAAUAAUAAUAAUAAGAAUUCUGCUAAUGAUCAAGUGGAUGUGCGAACGGGAAUUUGGGAAGCCGUAGAGUUUAGAGAUAAUUUUCAUCUGCAAGAUGCGUAUAUGUGUGUUGGUGCCGAAUCUAUUUUUAGUCGUGGACGUGUGUUACCACUAAAGUGGAAUCGCUACUUUGCAGCCGCAUGCGGGAGUGAUCGCACACGAUUUAGUGUAUGUGUGAUGAGUGUAGCCGCCCACUUUGUUCUCCAUCAUGAACUCCACGCGAAGAAUAAAGUCGUUGCACUUCACUUUGCACUUGUUGCGAUGGAAGCGAAAGUAGAUAGUAGACGAUAUCAACCUUUUGUUGUGAGUGUGGAUGAAGUUGGUGAAGUUGUGAUAUUUGAUGUGGAACGUGAUCGUGCUGUUAAACUGACUCUCGCUUCUGCUUUGACUGCGGCUCCAUAUUCCUUAUCUAAUUCCCUUAAUGGAGAGACUAUGAAGAGAAAUAAUGGUCCUCUUGGAUUAUCCGAUACUAUUCCUACCAAUAAGGAUGUGAAGAAGAAAAAUGAAAAAAAUAAUAUGAAUACUACUACUUCUACUUCUACUACUUCUACUACUACUACUACUACUACUACUACUAUGAAUGGAACUCAUCCAUCGCCUGGAUCUGAAUCUAUUGAGAGUAAAACUACUACUAGUACUACUACAAAUAAUAGUAGUAGUAAUAAUAAUAAUAAUACUUCUACUGUAAUGCCAGCCUUAUAUCGUCUCGAGACGGGUCUUGCCUCUAAUGUAUGUCUUGUUGGUCCUUGUCAGGUGUUGUGUCGAUAUUGCGAUAAUGCCUCUCUGGGUAUUGGUGUAGGUGUAGGCGUUACGCAUCCACUCUCAUUAAGUCUCUUUAUUGCCUCUCACGCCCACAGUUUCGGUGGAUCCACGGCGGAAUUACAUGUUACGCAAUUACGUGUACAAUACACCGCCGUUCCCCCACGAGCCGUUGUGCAUGGAUCGAUUCCUAUUGUCCGUGAAGGUGUACCGGAGUCCUUGUGUGAACCCGGUGUGGCUCUACUGCGAUUGCCAUUCCAUACACGUGAACGUCCACCAACAAUUCUUCUCGCCCGACCGCGUUUGCGUUUCUGGAGUCUUAGUGGGUGUUCCGGUAAACUCCUGCAAUUACAUCGUGUGUAUGAUGAUACCGAUGGAAGUGGAAUGGGCGCACGUACACCGCGAGAACACUUUGUGCAAGUUGUACCAUUAGGGCGGCAUAUACUACAGCAAGAUCAUACGACUUCUUGGCUGUGUAUUGCCGCACUUACAGAUGAUGAUGCUAUUUUACUUCUUGGACAACAACCACGGCCCGUGGGAAGUGAAAAGAUAAAGGAAGUAACACCAGAAGAACCUUCUCUGGAGGCUCCUAUACUUGAACGACAGACAUUAGAGGCAUGGUUAGGUGAUGUAGAGGAAUCGGAAAAGAAGAAGAUAACACCAAAAACACCAAUAACACUACCUCCACCCUUAUCAUGUUCAGAAGAAGUAAAAGAGGGAGAAGAACAUCCAACAGAGAAUAGUGGAAUGGAGGGUGAGAGUAGUACGACGGUAUUGGUACCAGUUUCACCUCCAUUGACCUUUAUGGAUCCCAAAGAGGAUUACACGGUUCUUAUGCUCUUAACUCCAUCAUGCAAAGAUGAUAUAUUAUCAAGCUCAACAACAGCAACAUCAACAUUAUCAUCAUCACCACUAGCAUCACCAACGGCAUCACCAACAACAUCAACAGAAACCUCUCCUUUAAUUCCUUAUCAGAAGCGUAGUUUCAUACGUCAAUUAAUUUCAGUACCACAAAGUAAUGAAUUGCUUUUUUCAUGUGAUGGCUCUGAUGAGAUAUAUUCUAUUAAAUUACCUUUUGUAUGGGAUGUGGGGCCUGUUGAAACAACGACUAAUCGAACACCUAUACCAAUUCCACAGAGUGAACCAACAAACAAUCGGGAUAGUUGGCGAAGUGUUAGUCUUGCUGCGGGAUAUUUACGUGAUUUAAAUAUUGCACGUCCAUUAAUGGUUGCGAUGUGGAAUUUUACAGGAGAAGUGGAGCCUGAUGAAGAGUCACUCCCACCAGUAGUAGUUCAACCACAACGAGAAAAUCAGAAUCCUCAUGAAAAGGAACAGGAAAAACAACAGAUAUCAUUAAUGGAAGCAGUAGAAGUGACAAGUGAGAAAACAACAAGUUCAAUAUUACCUUUACGUAGUGCUGUACCAGUUCAUAUUGAAGAUAUUAAUAAAGGUGAUGGGAAUAAUGGUAUAGAAGUAGGACGUAGUAGCUCUCCUGGUAUUCAAAUAGGAAGAAAGAAGAAACGCCGAAAUCGCUCAAGCUCUGUUGUAAGUGUUGAGGAAGGAAUAACAAAUGUGGAUGAUGAGGAUGAUGAUACUAUACGAAGGGCUUACGUGGAAAGUGAGCAACAAAAAUUUUUGGAUACUCCUAAUUGGCAGAAAAGAGAAAACAAUGAUAAUUGCGAGACUUCAAGUAAUAAUAAUAAUAAUAAUAAUAAUAAUAAUAAUAAUAAUAAUAAUAAUAAUAAUAAUAAUAAUAAU